UUGAGGUAUGUAUUAUAAGACAUUAUAAGACAUUGGGAGGGGGUCCUGAACCUAAGCACCUGUGUGCAUUAUCACAUUAUCAUAUCCAGAGAUGUAUUUAUCAAAUCCAAUAGCUUACAUAGUUCUCUUCUAAAAGAUUUGAAUUAUCAUUUUUUAUUUUUUUCAACAUUUGUACACAAUUUUCGUUUUUUGGGGAGGAUCUAUAUGAUCUUUCUUCGAAAAGAGUGGGCUUGACUUUUCUGGCAACGAAUAGACCUGACGCCCACAUGAAAAUGACAUCACACCCUCCACUCCUCAGAACUUCCUGUUGUUACAAUGCCCGAUCGACUCUGUGGUAAAAGAAGAAAACAUGUCUCAAGAGUAAUAGGUCUUGCCAAAGUCACAUGAUUCGCCACCGUGUAAUUUCAACCAAGCCUUCCUUGUAUUUGUAAAAAUCUAACUACAUUAUGAUGGUGGCAGACAGAUUUGAUUUUUACACAUAUGAGGAAUUUGCUGGGAAUAGUGCAGAGAAAUUACUCCCAGUCAAUGCUUCUGCUGAGAAUAGAAGGAGGGGCGUGCCCAUUAAUAACUUGGGGGGACACAGGCUCCACAGGUCCUCGGUGAGACCGUUUUUCUGUUGUGGCAGUCAGCUGUCCUUGAAUAGCGUUAGCGACUUUAUUGAAGCUUCUGAUCAAUCCGACUGUGAUGAUGGCUCAGAUCUGAUGGCUAACUUAUCCUUAUCCAAAAAGACACAAAACAGACGCAAAAAAACCAAUGAAGGACGCAAAAAAUUUUGGACACUGAAAUUAAGAGGAAAGCUGCAUGUUCCCAAGAGGUCCACUUACACAGCAAAUGAAAAUGAUUCUGGAGAGAGCAUUGUGUGCACUUCAUUUAGAAAGUCAUCAAAUGAAAGUGAAAGUGGAAUAGAACAGGCAGCAGGUGCUUCAGCACAACCACAGGAAGUGUUUGUAACUCUGCGCCCCAUAAACUUUGAUGAACUUUACCCAACAGAAGAUAUUGAUCAGAGACGAAUCCGACAGCGGGCUCAAGAGAUGGAGGAAGGUAUAGAUGUACAGGAUGCUUGUAUACUCAUCCCACAACAAGCUGAUUCAUCAUCAGAUGAAGAAUAUGAUUGCCCACAGCUCUCCUCACAGAGAAACAGUUUCUCUUCAUUCACUGAACAAUGGCCCUAUGGUUCGUUCUCCAUGUUGCCUACACAUUCCGGCAUGUUUCCUCCCCCUGUCCGCCCACAUUCCCAAGUGGAUUUCAUCCACUGUCUUGUCCCAGAUAUUGCAAGCAUUACAAACUGCAGUUAUUACUGGGGUGUAAUGGACCGCUACCAGGCUGAAAAGCUCCUGGAGAAAAAGCCAGAGGGAACGUUCUUGCUGAGAGACAGCGCACAGGAGGAGUACCUGUUCUCAGUCAGCUUUAGACGCUAUGGUCGAUCCUUGCAUGCGAGAAUAGAGCAGUGGAAUCACAAGUUCAGCUUCGAUUCACAUGAUCCAGGAGUUUUUGCAUCAGAAACUGUGUGUGGUCUGAUAGAACAUUAUAAGGAUGCUAGUGUUUGCAUGUUUUUUGAACCAAUGCUUACUACACCAUUGCAUCGCACUUUUCCCUUUAGUCUUCAGCAUUUGUGCAGAUCUAUUAUAUGUGAUCGUAUAACAUAUGACGAUAUCAGCGUGCUGCCUCUUCCCCGUCAGUUGAGGGAUUACAUGAGAUAUUACCACUACAGACAGAAGAUUCGUACACGGAGAUAUGACAUGGCAUAAAGCAGGUCAUUGGCAACCUACAGAUGAUGAGGCAUUAAUCAUGUUGAAUUUAUAUCCAAAUAUAAUUAUACCAAAUUAUUCAGAUUGGUGCAUUAAGUGUGUAAAUGUGUCGAGUUGUGAUCAGCAACAUGUGAAAGUUGACUUUAAUAUGCUUACGUGUUCAUUCAUUGGAUAUUAGAUACAGAUUUGAUAAUUACUUGCAUCCUUGUUGUAAAGGGUGACACAGUGUGCAGUAGAAGUCUUUGUUGAAUUGUUGCCAUAGUAAAUUUUGAAACUUUCCACGAAUGGAAUUACAACUUUGUUGAGUCACAUACAAUGAUAUGAACAUGAAAUCAUAGGGUACAUUUUUGAGUUUUGUACAAUGAAUCUUGUACUAGUGUUGAUGUAUUCGUGUAUGUUUUUCAGAUUCGAGAUGAGCUUUGAAUAGUACAUUGCGUACAUAUAUUUUUGGUCUCUGAAAUAUACAUAUACAUUUAUUUUUACUGCAUGUACCAGUGUAUGUUUACAUCUUUUCUCACACAUUUUCUGGUAUUCAAGAAAACAUUUUUACACAUUUCAAGCUCAAUCCAGUCACACAUCAAAACAUACCACAUUGCUUUCCCACCUUGUAGUGCGAGCUUCCUGGUGUGAAAAUCCCCUAGAGACAGUUUAUUUACUGUUACUCAGGUCAGCUUCUAUUUAAAAACAGCCAUUCCAAGUGGACUUACACAGAAAGGUGAAGUCUUGUAAAUUUUUCUAUCCUUGGCACUUUCCAAAUCUUGUUUAUAACUGAUAUGGAACUUGUCUACUGCUAAGGUUAAUUUAAAGUAAAGGAGAAAAAAAUAUUGUGUCAUUGGAUGUGAUGCUCCAAUGACUGGCAUUUUUAUUAUCGUCAAUGUUUGGUUUAGGAUUCUGAUAUACACAAUGUACAAACAGCAGUGAGAUACAAACUCAUGUGUUUCACAGAUUAAUACGUGAACGUAAUAUUCACAGGUCUUGUAAAAUUUUUUAUUAAAAGCAAGAUCUAAUGAUAGCAAUGAAUUCAUUCAUUCAUUUACCUCCCAAUGACUACAGUUAGCAGCACUCAUGUGGACCUCAUUUAUGUUUUAACUUCUGAGUCAAAUAAUAUUUGACUGAAUAAAAGUGCAGCAAACAUUCAUUUCCUAUAAGUCAAUGCGGGUCACAGAUGACGGAUCGAAGGAUAAAUUGGUCUUGCCAUAAUUUGGCUUGACACUACCAGUCUCAAAUGUUGUGUGUUACAGAGCUUUUCUGUGGGAAUAUUUAAUAUAAGAUAUUAUGAGGAAUGAGGAAUUUUCAAAAAUAGUUUUGAGGAAGUUACAUAGAAGUAUUUUACCAGUUAGAUUUAAAUUUUAAAAAAAAGAUUUAUUGCACAUUUGAAUAUAAAGAAUAGGCAGUUAUUCCACGAUUACACAUUUAUCUGAAUCUGUGAACUUCUUUACAGUGUAAAUAGGUAGAUAUUUCCAGCAGUGACAUAUGUUGUGACCUGCUUCCACAAAAGGGUAUAUUUGUUAAUUUUUUUGAAUAUUUGGUAGAAUUAUUUUAGCGAGUUGUUAUAGUGAGGUCAUGUUAUCAAUGAUUAGUAAAUGAUGGUAUCUUAAAGAUAGGAAUCAUUGUUAGGAGUUUUCAGUGGAAGACCUUAAUAGUGCAAUAUAUAACAGUGUUUCCCCCAGCAACAUGCUACUUUAUGAAUUGGUUGUAUUUGAUUGCCAUAUUUAACGUUAUGGAUAAAUUAGCUUAACAUGUA